AUGGUUCUUGCCAAAUAUCGAUCAUACUACUGGCGCUUCUACAAAACCGUGAAUUCCGGCGACGCACAAGGUUUUAUCAAAGCUUUGACGUCUGAUGGUCCCAGUGGUGGUGCAAGAGACAACUGCUUUUUGGCUGGCGAGCCUCGCGUUGUGUACCUUCCUCCCGAUACGGUCAUAAUCGGCGAUGCUGCUAAUCCACCAACGAUCCGUGCCGCCGCAGGAUUCAGCGGUGAUUAUCUCAUCGUGGGAGGCCAGGGAGAUGGUACAAACCACCCUUGUGGAGGCUCUGGUGGAGAAACUCACUUCUCGGUAAUGAGUAUUAUCAUGGGUGGAGGAUCGACCAUCUCCGUGUCUGAUGUGACAUUCAAUUUUGGCAGCAUUGGAUUGCACUGGAAUGGUCAUCAGCAGGGGCAGAUUAAGGGAAUGACCUUCAACAGUUGUACCACCGGCAUCUUAAUUGACGGGGGGUUCACAAUCAGCAUUUUGGCGCCAGCUUGUGAUACGGUCGGGUUCUGCAUCGUUCUUAACUCUGGAAAUGCCUGGGUCGCUGUCAUCGACGGGAAAAGUACCAACUCGGGCGACUUCUUCACGAGCAAGGUCAGCUACCCCAACUUUAUGCUUGAAAAUAUAUCCAAGGAUACGGCCAGCUCAAGUAUGAUUAUCGUUGGCGAUACUGUUAAAGUUGGUGGUGUGACGAGCCUCGGGACAUAUAUUUACGGAAACACUCGUGGAGCCAACCCUACUUACCAGGACAACCCGACGGCGUCAGCAGUUGGCAGACCGUCCGCUCUCGCUCCCAGUGGCAACUAUCCAGUCAUUAGUGCGCCGCAGUAUGCAGACAAGACUAUCUCUGAUGUGGUGAAUUUGAAGGAUGCAACCCAGAAUGGCGGAUUCACACUUCAUGGUGACGGAUCUUCCGACGACACUGCAGCACUUCAGGGUGCCAUUGAUACUGCAGCGAGUCAAGGCAAGAUCGCGUAUCUUCCUUUUGGGAUCUACCGAGUGACCUCAACCAUCACACUACCUUCUGGUACGGAACUUUACGGUGAAGCCUGGUCCACGAUUUCUGGCUCCGGCAGCGCUUUCUCUUCCGAAUCAAACCCAACACCGGUGGUACAAAUUGGCAGCACAGCGGGACAAAAAGGCACGGCCCAUGUUCAGGACAUCCGCUUUACCGUCAACGAGGCUCUACCAGGUGCCAUUCUGCUUCGAGUCAACAUGGCUGGCAACAGCCCUGGUGACGUUGGUAUUUUUAAUUCGCUCAACACCAUAGGAGGCACACGCGACACGUCGCUCAGUUGUAGCAGCGAGUCCAACUGUCGAGCAGCGUAUCUAGGCUUGCAUCUCGCAGCUGGCUCCUCUGCUUAUGUCGACAAUUUUUGGUCAUGGGUUGCCGACCAUGCGACUGACAAUAGUGGAAAAGGCAUCCGAACAGCUGUCAAGGGUGGCGUUUUCGUUGAAGCAACGAGUGGAACAUGGCUUACGGGCGUUGGCUCUGAGCACAACUGGCUCUUUCAGCUUGGCUUCCACAACGCCGCCAACGUGUUCAUUUCCCUAUUUCAGAGCGAGACGAACUACAACCAAGGCAAUAACGGUGCCGUGCUUCCAGGGACACCAUUUUCGGUCACCAGCUCCGACCCCAACUUCUCUUGGUGUAGCGGAGGUGACACCGUUUGCCGGAUGGGUCUUGCCCAGUGGUAUGUGGGAUCCAACAGCGCAAUCUAUCACUAUGCCGCAGCGAGCUGGAACUUUCAAAGCUUGACACAGGUCAAUCAAGGCACCAUGAACUAUAUCCACGACACGAUUGGUGAUGCCCAUCUUCACGGGUUUACAACAGGACCAAACGUGGCUGAAACUAUGCGAUUACCGGAUGGCGUUCAGUUCGGCAAUGGCGGAACCGAUGGAUUUGGUGGAUCAUGGGAGUCCUUGGUGGCUGAUAUUAUCAUCUAUGGACUACCUCAGAGAUAUGUAAAUAGGAACACGUGCCGCCUGUACCACGCAAUAUACAAACAUUCCCAUCCCAUCACUCCGCAGAACCUCAAGAUCCGUAACGAGGUGGCCUCGACCCAGACCAGCUUGGCCCAGGGCUACUUUCUCAUGGACGACUUUGUCGGGCCAUGGAUAGUGCCGGAGGUGCAUUAA